AUGACUACGAGGGCAGCCAUUGCGGAGGAUGGCUCGCGCGAGGUACAGCGCUUGUUGCUAGGGAACUAUGUGUCUAGCCCUUUCCACACCAAGGACGAUCCGGAUCCUCCAACGAUGCCACUCCAUCCGUCCUCUACGGGGCAAAGCCAGCGCCCGCCGUCCCCGAGCUCUCGAUUUUUCUCUCAGGGUACCACUGUUCCCCAGAACCGCACUCCUGGCGCUUUCUUCAUCUUCGCUGAUCUGUCUGUGCGAAAAGCAGGCGAAUACAGACUGGAAUUUUCCCUAAUGAAAAUGGACCCAAUCUACUUGAUGGCUGGCAGAGAUCUGCCGAUACUGAACAGAGUUACGAGCGAUGUCUUUCGAGUGGUGAACGCCAAAGACUUCGAUCAGGUCCAUCCAAGCACACCUUUGGUGAAGGGGCUCCUUGAACGUGGAGCUGGAUAUCCUCUCAAGCUCAAAAAGGGAACUAGAGAGGGAGGAAGGAGGAGAAACACUCGUGACGAUCAAGGUGCUAGCGAUGACGAUGACUCGGACCUCGACGAUGAAGGCUGA